AUUUUAUUUAUGAUUUAACAUAUUUUAGUUUUCUUAAUUCUCAUAAAUAUUGGCAAUAUUGGCAAUAUUGCUGGUUUGUUUUCUUAAUCAUUAUGGAGAAUUCUUUUAUUGUACUCCUUAUUAAGUUGAAAAAAAGUAACAGGGUUACAAACUGUCCCGCCAUGUGGAUUUGGGUUCGGAUAGAUCUUUCUGGAAGCCACUUUAUUACAAAUACAAAUAGCAUUCCCUCUUCUGCGGAUUAGUUUCUAGAGACUUCUCUUCUCUCUCUUUGGUCUUUGGUUGCCCAUUUCUUUAUCUCCAUUCAUCAGCUUGCAUCAGUUAAGUAGCCAUUGAUAUUAUACCAUAAUCAUUUCCUUCUGCUAACUUCUAAUCGAUCAAGUUGGAACGAUUCAGAUGUCGGAAUAUGAAAAUGUCGUUGUUGGAAAGUUGCGAUUGAAAGGAAAACCACUUGAUGUGAAGGCAGGUGGUUGUACCAAGAAAAAGAAACACAAAAGGAAUUUUGAACAUAUUUUCUCUGGAAAUCAUCAUUCAGAUCUUAUAGACAAAACAUAUGGUGUGAACAAUGGGAAUGAAGCGGGUGGUCAGUAUGAUGAGAGGCUCACAGCAGCUGAGAGACGAUACUUAGAGCAAUGGAAGCAUGUUGAAGUGAAACGGCUGCUAAAAAGUGCUGAGGAAUCACACCGUGAUCGCAUCGAAAAGUUUAACCAGUAUCUCGCGAAUUUGAGUGAGCACUAUGACAUUCCUAAAGUUGGACCUGGUUAAGUU